AUGCAGCACACAACUUGCACAGAGGACAGGAUCCAUCAUGCACUGGAAAGAUGUUUGCAUGGGCUGAGCAGAAGUACAGCCUCCUCCACCACAUGGACCGCUGGGCUAUGUCUGAACUGCUGGAGCCUGCAGGAGCUGGUCAGCCGAGAUGCAGGAAACUACCUCAUCCUCCUGGAGAAAAUCCUGCAGAAAACCAAAGAGGUCCAAGAGACAUGCAACUAUGAUCUCCUCACUCCAUUGGCUCUGCUCUUCUAUUCUGCAGCUCUGUGUACUCCUCACUUCCCACCAGACUCUGACCUGCUUCUGAAGGCCAUUAGCACCUACCACACCUUCCUUACCUGGCCUAUGCCCUACUGCAACAUCUACCGGGAGCUACUGACCUUCAUCAGCGAUGAACUCAAGGCCCCAGGGAUUUCGUACCAAAGGCUGGUGAGGGCGGAGCAGGGACUGUCCAUGAAGAGCUGCCAGAGCUCCACCAUCACGGUUCUGCUACUCAACCCCUCUGAGGUUCAGAGCGAAUACCUGUCUGUCGCCAAGAAGAUGAGCACCACGGAGCACACCCAGCACAGCACCUUCGUCAUGCUAAUUGGACAUAUCUACCAGGCCACUUUUGGGACCAAGUGCGAUAUGGGCAGCUUACAGAACAUCCUGAAGUCCAAGACCUUAGAGGAGCUCUCAGAGAUCCAUUCUCACACCACAGAAGCUCAGGAGCUGGCAGCUGUUACCAGCGACCCUGCCGCAGCCAGGGAACAGCUGCAGUCCAUGCUGCAGGACAUUGGGGCUGAAGCAGGCUUUCCUAAGACCACAGGGGUGGCCCAGUCGUGUAAACUCCACACUGUCCCCAUCCCCGUUGCUCGAUGCUACACUUACAGCUGGGACAAGGAUAAUUUCGAUAUCCUCAGAGACAUACUCGACAAGGAGUGUGAUGUUCUCAAGCCGGUGCUCUUGGAGGAUGAGGAGGAAGAGGAGACGGAAACUGAUGGCUGUUCUCCACAAAGAGACUCGUUCCUUUCCUCCAUUUCAGCGGUUUCCAAGGACUCUGUGUACUCAGAGUUAUCAGAGGAGGCAUCGAAGCCGGUGGUCUCCAGAAGGUCCUUGAAGUCCUUUGUGUCUAGCCUCAAGGACUGCAUGGACAGUGGCUAUGCCGAAGACAGCGACGAGAGCUCUCUCGAUCUGGUGGUGAGGCCAGACCUGAAAGAGGAGACGACACUUCACAAGCAGAGGCAGAGACUGACCAGCAAAAUCUACAAGCUGUUCAAGAGCAAAAGCCAGUUGGUCUUGCGGAGAGACGUAAGGGACUAUCCCGACACUGGUUCGCUCUCCCUGCCUCUGCGCCGGGCCGAGAGCCUGUGCAACCCGGAGGCCAAGCACCGCAUCCCAGCGCGCUCCCGGAGGGCUCUUUCCUUGCCCCAGCAUGUGCUGAGUCAGCGGCUCCCGCAGCGCCAUGCAGCGCAGAACGUGUGCAUCCAGCGCAGGCCCUUCCUGAGCUACGACGAGGACACCAAGGUCUCCACGCUGCGUGUCGUGGUCUUCGGGUCGGACCGCAUCUCAGGGAAAGUGGCCCGGGCAUACAGGAACCUUAGACUACAAGAAAUCGAUUGCCCAUUACUGACAAGGUACUUCAAGCUGCAGUUUUUCUACAUCCCAGUGAAGAGGAGCUGCCUUACCUCAUCUGCACCACUGACACAUCCGCCUCCUUCUCCAGGAGAUCCUCACCUGAGAGCCUCAGGGCAAACGGUACCUGGGGCACAAAGCAGCACCAACGAUAUCUCCCACUACAUUGGGAUGUUGGACCCAUGGUACGAGCGCAACGUUUUCGGGCUGAUUAACUUGCCCACGGACGUCCUGUGUCAGCAAUCUGCCAAACCCGAGGUGGAGCCUACGGAGGAGUCCAGGGAGCAGCUACCCAUCUUGGCUGACAUGGUGCUUUACUACUGCCGAUUCGCUACUCGCCCGGUGCUGCUGCAGCUCUACCAAACAGAGCUAACCUUCAUUGGUGGUGAGAAGAAGACUGAGGUCUUCAUUCACUCCCUCGAACUGGGCCACUCGGCUGCCACACGGGCCAUCAGGGCGUCGGGUCCAGGCAGCAAAAGGCUGGGAAUAGACGGCGACAGAGAAGCAAUCCCUCUAACACUACAAAUCGUCCAUAGCAAGACAGCAAUCAGUGGAAGGAGCCGCUGGAACAAUGUUGAAAAGGUCUGCACCUCCGUCAACCUCAGCAAGGCCUGUAAAAAGUACGAAGAGCUAGACUCGAAAACGGAGUGUCUGACUUUAACCAUAACCGAGGUCGUCAAGAGGCAAAACUCCAAGUCAAAGAAAAGCUUCAAUCAGAUCAGCGUGUCCCAGAUAAAAGCAGACAAGGUCCAGAUCAUUGGGGUCAACUGUUCCUUCGCCGUGUGCCUGGAUCAGGAUGAGCAGAAAAUCCUGCAGAGCGUCACAAGGUGCGAGGUCUCCGCGUGCUACAAACCCAGGGAUGGUGAACCCUGCACACUGAGGACAUCCCCUUUGGAUCACCUCCCCCAAGACCAGCCUGAGUUUUGUUCUCUUCUGUGCUUGCCCAUUGCCACCUUCAGCGGAGCACUGCCAUAG